CAGGCUGCUGCGCGAUAAGCGGCGCGUCGGUUCCGUGCCAGGCCGCCGCUCGCCAUAAACGAAAGUAAAAACGCGCACGCACGCUGGUUGGUUUCGUUUUACAAUAAUGAGAGUCAGUCUGCAGUGAAACGCAGUCCUUUCUAAAAAGCAGUCGCUGAUGGAGUCAGACCAUGGAUGAGGAGAUCGACCCUGACGGUGAAGAUGCGAACGCCGUCUUGGUUGAGGAAUCUGCCGAGCUGCUGCACAUCCUCAGCCGUCAGCCGGCCGCCGUCGUCACGGAGCUGCUCCGGAUGGUUCCUGGUGAAGCCGCGUGUCCGAGCCAGCCGGCCUCCGGCGGCCCGGAGGAGCGUCUCCAGGCCGUGCUGGAGUACUUCAGGCGGGCCGGUACGGCGGAGUGCAGCAGCUUCCUGGGGAGAGUGUGUAUGCUGUGUGACGACAUCCCCAUGCGCCUGGAGUCCCGGCUCAUGUCCGUGGCUGGACACAGCAGCAGUGAUCAUGGAAAGAUUAGUCCAGCUGCAUCAGAUCAGAGGUCUCUGUCACCUCCAGCUGACCUGCAGAUCAAACGGCCAAGGAUCGAUUACUGGGAGCUGUAUGUCGCCGCAGUCAGGCGAUCACUGCAGCGCCGGUGGGAGCGACUGACGGCGACUCAGCACAUGCUGCGAGACGUCCAGUUGGAUCAUGUUUGGUUCAGCCCACGAACCACGAACAGAGGCAGGGACAGACCUGAUCAGACGCCUGGCUCAGCAGACAGAGGAGGCCUAACACCAGAGCCUGAUGGGGAUUUUGUGUGUUUGGAGUCCAGAGUGACUUUGGACAGCUUCCUUCAAGAAAGCACAGGAAAAAUGACCGUUCUCACAGGUCAGGCGGGGUCAGGAAAAACUCUGCUCAUGUCUCGUCUGGGACAGCUGUGGGCCGACAGCCUGGGCCCGAUCCCGUCAUCUUACCUUUUUGUGCUGCUUGAGUUUCGUCAGCUCAACCUGUUGCUCCGCCCCCUCUCUCUGUCGGAGCUGCUGUUCCAACAUUACCCCCCGCCUGAAGGGGGCGACAUGGCAAAGAGGACCAUCGUGGAAUACCUCCUCUCCAAUCCAGAGCAGAGCUGUUGGGUGUUGGACGGCUACGACGAGUUUCAGGGAAAACUCAGCAGAGCAGACCCGCACAGAGGAACGCCGGGCCUGGAGAACUCUCUGCCAGUGGCAGACCUCAUCUCAGGGCUGCUGAAUCGCCAGAUCCUUCCAGGAAGCACGGUGCUGGUCACCUGUCGGCUGCGUGACGUUGUGGAUUUGGACGGCGUCUCCGACAAAGUGGGGCAGCUGCUGGGAUGGAACCACCAAGAGAUCCGGGAGUACGUGGACAACUUUUUUCGUGGAAAAGACAAAGCUCUCGGAGAGAAGGCAGCAGAUCUUCUUUUCUCCAGCCGACACCUCCUCAGCAUGUCUUCCCUCCCGGCCCUGUGCAACAUCUGCUGCAUCUGUCUGGAUUAUUUACUACUUGGAGAAAGGAGACAAGCAGUGAGAAGCAGCAGAAUCGGGGAAACGGAAAAAGGAGCAGACGGAGGAGCGCAGAUCCCACCCGAUCACAAAGUAACAACAGAAAAAGAUGCACACACAGAAAGGAGCACAGAUAUACUGGGAAAUGGAACCAACGGAGGAGAUGAGCUUUUUCAAACUACGUCAGAAGUUCCCAACACGCUUACCCAAAUCUACCUCACCCUGCUCAGCGCCUUUCUGGCCCGUUGCAGUUCCCAAGGAGAAGACCAGCCCAACUCUUCCAGAUUCUCCCAGAGCUCUCUCAGACUGCAACAAUCCAAGUUGUGUGAGCUCAGCCGACUCGCUUGGAAAGGUUUAGAGGAACACAAGAUCCUGUUUUUGGAGGAAGAGCUUUCACCGGAUGUGUUGAAGUUCUCGAUCAGGACGGGGCUCUUCACACAGGUGGAGCUCCGGCGUCAGAAUGGGACGUGUGUCAAGGCCUUCAGCUUCAUCCAUCUAACAGUGCAGGAGUUUUUCGCUGCACUUCAAGUCAUGACCGGUACCAACGUCAGUGAUGCACUGCUCAAAAAAAGAUUCAGCCUUAAAACUCGCUGGACGACCAGAUCAGACCAGAGGAAGGUUUUCACAGACUCCCUGUGCCUGUUUGUGUGUGGUCUGGCUUCUCCUCACUGCACCUCCACCCUGGUCCAACUGACCAGAACUUCUGGUGAAGCAGUGGAACAAAACUGGGUCCAGAAGCGGCAGAAACUGGUUCUGAACCUGCUGAAAACGCGGUGUUGCAGCAGCUCGCUGACUGGACCAAAGGUGCUGGAGCUUUGCCACUGUGUGCAGGAGAGCCAGGACAGCCAGCUGGCCAAGCAGGUCGUGAGCUCGAGGCCCACCCUGGAACUGCGCAACAUCUGGCUCGUGCCUGACGACAUUGAUGCUCUGGCAUUUGUAGUUAAUUCCGGGGGUGGAAGUGGGAUUGGUUUGGACUUUGGAGCAUGUUCAAUGGAGCUGGAGUGUUUAGAUGUCCUUCCCAGGUGUGAGAACCUCCACUUCCUCAGUUUUCGCGGCCGCAAGUACGAAGACAAGUUUGCUGAGAAGUUGUCGUCCGUUUUGCCCGAAUUCAAAAAGCUGAAAAAACUAGAGUUUUCUGGUACAAUUCUGACAGCUGCAGGAGCAGCCAGCUUGGCCUCUGGCCUGCAGAACUGCCCGAGCAUCACUGAAAUCAAUCUCAGCGAUAACAAUCUGAAAAAUGAAGGAAUCAAACAUGUGUCUGCGAUCUUUACCCAUCUCCAAAGUCUGCAGUCAAUUACGCUGGGACAAAACCACACCUCUCUUGAAGGAGUGCACUGCCUCAUUGAGAAAAUGUCUUCGUGUUCAAGCAUCCAACAUGUUCAUGCAGAAGGGAAAAAAGACAUAAAAGUCACCUUCUCAGAAAACGCAGAGAGGAGCCAUAAAAUGGAACAUGCGCCAUCAGCCAGCUUGCUGAACCAAAAUUGGAGCAAUGGUAGCAUGCUGAGACUCACGACGCUAUUGGCCCGCUGCCCUGCUCUGUCUGUUGUGGAUCUCUCUGGAGGCCACUGGAACGAGACCAUUUUAAAGACGCUGACUGAGAACUUGUCAAAGAUCAACAUCACCGAUAAGAUGAUACUGAAUGAGAGCUGCUCCUCAGUGAAGAGUUUGCUCCUUCUCACUGCUCUGCUGACUGUUUGUCCGUCUGUCUUGGAGCUUCACAUCAGGCUGAAGCAUCCUGUUCAGGUAUCCAUAGUAUUCAAUGAUGAGACAGAAAAACCUACUCAACAAAGACCUAAAGUCCUCUGUGUGAGUUCCUGUAAACUGGUACCUGCUCAGCUGGAACGAUUGUGGAGCAGUUUGGGAAGUUCUUCUGAUCUCACUGUGCUCGAUGUGUCCAGUAACUCUUUAGGCAUCAGAGGUCUGCAGAAGUUGUUGGACGUUUUACCUCAUCUCAACAAAAUCCAAGAAAUAAAUGCAGGCAACAAUGGAAUCAAUAUGGAGGGAGUGGCGAUGCUGGCUGCUGCUUUGUGCUCCAGUGACAACUUAACACAAACCCUCAUCAGUGAUGGAGGCAAAGAUCAGGUGAUUCUCAAGUUCUGCUCGGACAGAAGUGCGAGACAACAGCUGAAGACGUUCAGAAUGAACCGCAGUGUUCUCCCACCGGCUGAUAUAACCACAGUGUGCAGUAAACUGACCCAGUGCCAGUCCCCUGUACAGUUCGAGUUUAUUUGCUGCUCCCUGUCAAGCGAGGCCAUAAAGUCCUUAAUCAAAGUGCUGUCAAAAACAAAGUCGCUGCGAAAACUCAAUGUGAGUCAGAGCAUCACAUCCACAGCUGACGCUCUGGUUUUAAUCGACUGCUUGACCCACAAUCAAAAUGUCACGGCGGUGGACAUCAGUCUACGAGAUGAAGCUUUCAUCAGUUUUGAUCAAGUUAAAGCAGAAGAAGUGAGCUGCAGGUUCACUCAUUUCAUCCUGAAUCUUGAUGACUUGAAGCGACUGCUUGAUAUUCUGAAGAAGGGACCCGGACUGUCAUAUCUGGAUUUAACGGGUAAUGAACUGGGAGAUGAAGGAGUGAAGAUUUUGGUUGAUUCUCUACCAGAGCUGAAAAUCAGCCACUAUGCCAAUCUCAGUAACAACAGGCUGACUCAGCAGGGACUGUUGCAUGUGGCGUGGACACUGUGUGCAUGUUCAAAUGUCUCAGGGGUAGAAGUCAGUUUGAAAGCAGAUGAAAGGUGCCUGAUCUGGUUCAGCCAAACUGGAAGCGGUGAAAAAACUCUGAGGGUCAGAGAAAGCAGUUUGGAGCGAGAGCAUCUGGUCAGAUUAUCUGAGAUCGUCUCCACCUGUCCCACUUUGGAUAAACUGGAGUUGAGGAACAAUUCACUGAGGUUGGAGUGGAUCGAGGAGUUGAUGAAGCUGUUGAAAGCCCGAGAGACGGAGUACACGAUCAGUAUUGAGGAGUGUUGGAUGAGAGCGGAGAACGCCGUUCAUCUGCUGUGUCGCUGUCUGGAGCUCAACGGCAACGUCCAAACCAUCGGGAUUCAACAGAGCACCUUACGCCUGUCUCUGAAGUCCACUGAACUGACUUCAGUCUGUGGUGACUCUUCAGAUCCAGCUCAAACGAUGAUCGCAAGGAAAAUUAGCCUGGUGCACUGUGCAGUGGACGGUGAUCAUCAGGAUUCGCUGUGGAGGAUCAUCCAGAGCUGUGCUUUCCUCACAGAGCUGGAUUUUUCCCACAGCAGGCUGGGUGAGAAGGGAACUGAGUUUCUUUGCUCUUUUCUCCCAUUGUUGCCAAAUCUCACAACCAUCAGCCUGUCGGGUCAUAAAAUCACUGACACUGCAGCUCAGAGUCUGACUCGACUGUUUCCUCGCCUGCAAUCACUCAACCUGUCCCAUUGCAGGUGGUCCUCGUCUGCAGAGCUGCGGCUCAUCGAGGCGCUGGGACAGUGCGUCGGCCUGGAAGAGCUUUGUCUGGACUUGGUGGAGAUGAGUGCAGAGGGCAGGACGUGUCUGCCUCGAACACUGAGGAGCAUCGGCUCUUUACGCUCUCUCAAGCUGAAUAAAAUCGCCACAGAUGGACACUCAGACGCCGGGACUGGCCUGGAUCUCCUGGCUGCCAUGGAAGAGCUCACACAGAUCAAGGAGAUGGAAUUGGAUGGUUGGAAGAUUUCCGAUGCAGGAGUACAGCAGCUGAUCAGGCUCCUUCCACUGUGGAAAGAGCUCAGGAAGAUCAUCCUGUCAGAGAACCUGAUCAGUGACCAGUCAGGAGAGAAACUGCUGGACGCUUUGCAGAGCUGCGACCACCUGCAAGAGCUCAAUCUGUCGAGGAACGCUCUCGGGGUUCUCUCUGCUGCCCGGAUGGCCGUCGUCCUGCCUGCUCUGACUCGCCUCUCUGUGUUGGACAUUUCAGAGAAUCCUAUUGGCUCUCAGGGAGUUGCCCGCCUCUCCAAAGCAAUAAUGUGCCUGAAGAACCUCAGCAAGAUUCAUCUGACCUCUGUUGGUACAUGUGAGCUGUGUGCCGUCACAGCCAGUCUGGCUCAUUGUCCUCUCAUACAGUUUGUUGGUCUUGGAUGGAACGGCUGUGAUGAUCAGGUGGCGCUGGAGCUGGCCAAAGUCCUGCCUGUCUGUCACAAACUGACCUGGAUUGAUCUGGAGUCAAACCGUGUGACCUUGUCUGGAGCGCAGGCGCUCGUCAGAGCUUUAAAGCUCUGUCCGACUCUGCAGGUCAUCAGAUUGUGGAAGAACAAAAUCUCCCAAAAUGAAGCUCAGAUGCUGAGCCUGAAGGACCGGAGGCUGAAUUUCUCUCCCACGUAAAGUGAUCGAUCAUCCCAGACAGGGCAGAGGUAACACACUGCUGCAUCCCAGCCUGCACUGAGUCGCCGCCGGAGCCGUCCGCAGCUUUUACUUCAACCACCACUUUAUGAACUCUUUAUUACUUCUGAGAGCUGAAACCUUGGUUUAAAGGAAAAUUUUGGUUUUUUUUUUGUUUGUUUGGUUUUUUUUAAGAAGAUGGCAGCUGAUCUUUGACUGUUUAAAAGUUUGACUAUGCACUAAUUCAGCUCCAGUUUCACAGAAGAAAACUGGUGAAAAAAAUACAAAGUCACACUGAGUGUUGGAUUGUUGUGUUGUGUGGAUGUUGAUGUUUGAUGUCUGACAGAAAUUGUGGUUAAAAAGAAAUGAUUUGAGGUGUGAAACUAUGAACAAUUAAUUUAAAACACAAAGUUGAAAGUGAGAUUGUAUUGAAAUAUAAAUUAAGAUCAUAAAAUAUGUGUGAAAAGCUCUCAGUGGAGCAGUCGUUACAGAAUAUAGAAUUGUUUAUAUGUAGAAACUUAAAAAAAAAAAGACCAGAAAUCAGAAAAACAGAGCUUUGCAUACAUACAGUAGUCAUAGCAUUAACUCCUCAGAAACAUCUAUUCUUGAAGAGAAGGCCAGAUGAUGGGAGUCUAUUUUUAAAACGGCGCUCACUGAUGGUGUAAUUUGAACAAUUUUACAUCCAUGUAAUCCAUAAAAGUUUGUGAAUUGAGAAGUAUGGAUGAGUCAAUAUCUAAUAUUUGCCAGCAGGUGUGUACAAGUUUGUUUGUUUUUGUUGUUGUUGUUGUUGUUCUGGUGGGGAAUCCUGUGUGGAGUUUGCAUGUUCUCUCUGAGCCUCUGUGGCUUUUUGCACUGCUGAACCGAAAAUGUCUUUACAUUUCUGCUCCUGUUCGGUUGCUGCCGACACGAUUUGGAACGCAGAAUUUUUAGCAUCGUAACUCUGUGACUGUUACGAUACCGAAAAAAGAAAAUUCCAAUAUGUGAAGAAAAAGCUUCCUCCCACCAUCCAGAGCCAUGCUUGUUGGUCUUAAAUAGUAAUUCUAAAUGCACUGUGGAGUGUGAGUGUGUAUCCUGCUAUUUUUAUAUUACAGUAUAAACAUGGUGAAGUUUGAGGAAGUGAGUUCUUUGCUACUUAACUUGACAUCCUUUACUCCCAGGGUGUUACACUCUUUUCAUUCCUGCUUCCACUUAUACAACAUUCUGGGAGGACGGACCAGUCAAAUGUAUUUUUUCAUUUAAAAAAAAAAAAAGGAUUCAAUAGUGUUCAAAAGUUUUCUUAAGUAUUUUGCCGCGCUCAGCAUGUUACUACAAAUUCGCCCUGCAUAAGUUUGACACUGGAACGACUUUAGCACUAACUUAACUCAUUGAUAAGUGUUUACCAGCUUGUGUUCAGCUCACAUUUCUGUAGAAAAUAUAACCGCUCACGUCCAUUUUCACACUGAACCACAUGAGGUAUGUCCAAAGGUCUUUACACAUUAUGAAGUGGUAAAAAGUAGAUCUUUAUCAAGUGUUCAGACAACAGAAUUAUGAAUUUCUGAAUUUUUUUUUGCACAAAUAGACCAUAAAAAUCAGUUCUGAUGGUUGAAGUUAUUACCUUGCAAAAAUGAUGUUUCAUGGUUUUAUUGGACAUAUACAUAGGAAAAUGCCAGUUCUGGUGAAAAAAGUGAGCAAAUGAUUUGAGUUAUUGAUCCUUGCUUGACAGAAAUAUUACGUUCAGGACUCAUAAUUGUGGCUUAGCUGCGGAUCAGAUCAUAUUUUAUGGUCAUUUAAUGGUGCAAAAUUGCAAAUUCACAAUUUCUUGCCGGUGUAUUUAACAGAGAAUGUUCAAUAAGCUCAUUAUCAGGUAUCAACUGUUUUACACAAGCUUUGCUUCAUCACUGUGUUUAUAUUUUUUGAAAAAAAAAAGCCGAGGUGAAGCUUGAGGUUGUGUUGAAUUUUUUUUAUAUGAAUUCAGGAACAUUUGCACUCGGAUGACAGGUGCAUCUCUAAAAACAUGAAGGAAAAAGUCAUUUUAAUCAGUCUCCUUAAAGUGAAGACAUGCAAAAAGCACGUGUGGGUUUUCUCCACGUAUUCUGACUUCAUUCAACGGUCCAAAAAUAUGUUUGAGCGUCGUUGCAUUGGAAGAAUAAUAAUUCUUGAGUAGUAUUUCUUCAGUUUUUAAGAUGCACCUGUAAUGACUUUAUGAAUGUGUGUGUAUGUGUGUGUAGACUCUAAUGAACGGGUCAUUUUUUUGUCAUGUUUACAGCAGAGGCCAUGCAACUGAAAACACAACAAACCACAAACUCACAGCUAAUUCCUCUUAUUAUAGGGUGUGGUCUCCGACUCCAAAUUCUGUCUUUAUUUCCGCAGUUAUUAAUUCAAGUAUUAAGCAAUUGUUUGUAAAUACUUUUAAGUUAUUUAUUUGAUUGUUUUAGAAUAUGUACAGUUUGAUAUUUGACUAACAGUAAUAAUGAAAUGCGUGACAGUUUUUGUAUUUAAUGUAUUUGCUAAAGAGAGAGGUACUGUGUACUUACUUUUUUUUUUCAACUUGAGUUGUGCUUGUAGAAUCUGUCAGCUGUCAUAGUUUUCUUACUGUUUUCUUAUUUUUUCAUAAAGUACUUCUGUAAAAUGUUUUCUGCAAUUUAUGCUAAAAGUGUCAUUUGGAGCAGUAGGAAACCAAGUGAAAAACAAAAAGCCGUCCUGUGGUUCUUUAUCCUGUUUUGCCAUUUCUUUGACUGUAUGUUUUAAAGUGUGUUCUGAACGGGUUUCGAUUCAUGUUGUUUGUAUUGCUUGAAAAAAAAAAAAGGCUGCAUGAGAAUAAAUGCAACAAACACUGA